AUGCAGGCCGGUGUCGUACACAAAAGGGAGAGGCAUCGGCACACGAUUUUCCAGCUAGACAGUCUUCUCGGAAAUGCGGGCCGUCCAGACCGACCUGUAUCUAUCAAUUGCUCUAUGGAAAGCUUGAAUUCGUCUUCGAAUUCCUCUAGGAAAAGGUAUUCCACAAGGGAUCGAAAUUAUAAUGUAAGAAUCCUGAAAGACUUGAAGCAAAAUGGUCAGAGGCCAUUGCCGGAAGACGUUGGGGAAGCGAGGAGAGAAUGUCAGAAUGCUUAUAAUGACCGGAGUACGGAUGAGGAGAGGAGGCAAACUAUCCAGGAAGCCCUUGACCAACUCGAUCAGCUAGCACUAUUUUUGGAUCCGGAACCUGCGAAUCAAUGCGGAAAAACCCUAUUUGUCGCCGAGUAUCAAGGAUUUGUAUGCUGGGUCUAUACCAAAAUUAGAUUCGGCAAUUUUUGCUGGAAAUUAGAGAAAUAUUUUCAGGACGUAAAGCAAAGACAUCGUCAAAUCCUAGAAUGUCUAAAAACCAAGCGGCUUCGCGUUGAGAGACUGUCCGCGAUCUUGCGAUUUUCGCAAUUAUGCCUAGUUUAUGCGGAAGUGUGCGAUGCUGAGGCUUUGAGAUGGUAUAUCCGAGCCAGAAGUGGAUCUCGAUCUAGUGACCAUCGGCUUCAAGGUACUGCAGCUGAGGAAAGGAAGGAGAGGGAGGAAAAGAGGGUUUUGAAUAUCCAAGAGCUACUCACCGCCAACAUUUGUCAAAUCGAGCUAAUCUGGACGUUAAAAGGAUUAUCCAGUACCAAACAAGAAAUGCUUGUC